GAACAGGUGUGAGCAACAGAACCCUGGCUGAUGGAGAACAUAGUGCGCUUCUUAAUCAUCCUCUCCACUGUUUCCAGUAACAAUGACAAUGACCUGGACUGGAACUUUUGCGGCACAUGGCACCAUGGCAACAACCCCCUGAGCCUGAACCUCAACAUCUCUACUGGCUGUAAAGGAAUCUCCAUUUCAGCCAAUGAGAGCUUUCUGUCCAUCAACGGGCAGAUCACAGCCCAGUGUAGGAGAUCUGAAGUGAUUACCUUCAAGCACCUUGGACUUGAGUCAGGGGAGGACAUCAAGUUCUGUCUGGACUGGGAGCCACUGCUGGACCAGUUAAUGCUGACAGUAGGAGAGGAGAAGCUUAUUCUGUGCUCACCUGCAAGCCUGCAGGGUAACUGCUGCACUGACCUGAGUGAUGGCCAAAACACACAAGAAGCAGACUACGGCAUCCUCAAUACCGAGAUUAAUCAUGAUUUCAUCACCGACAAAACACGGAUGGCGUACAACUUUCAAGCAAAUUCCACCAACUACACAGAAUUAUGUGAACAGGCGAAACGGGAAUCCGGCCCCAACAAGUGUGCUGAGCCUCCAUACGCUCACAAAUCUGAUGUGAUGAAGGAAGAUUUCAAAGGCCACAGCGUCACAUCACCUGCAAUGGACUUGACAGGUAUACCAGCAAUGGCUGGUAGACCUGUCAAGUCCAAUAUCACUGUCCACCUCCCUGCUGCCUUAAAACAAGCUGCGAAAAAUGUUAACAAUGUAGCCUGCACUUUCUUCAAGAACAUCUCCCUGUUACAGGAGGCUCACAAAACUGCCAAGCCUAUCAAUGAUGUGGUGGAAAUCACGGUGGAGAACGAGAUCAUCAGAAAUCUGCCUGAACCCAUUAGGAUAGAUUUUUACCAUGAAGCCGUAUCUGAAAGCUAUUUAAGGACAUGUGUUUCUUGGGACACUAGAAAAGAUUCUCUGCAGGUGAACUGGUCAAAUGAUGGAUGUGAGACACAACAGAAAGGGGAAAACCACACUGUGUGUCUGUGUAACCAUACAGCUUACUUCACUGUCCUGGUGGACCUGAAGCCUCGAUCAGUGUGCCAGCCCCUGGAACUCACUGCUAUUCGAUAUGUAGGCUGUGCUGUAUCUAUGAUCAGCAGUUUUGCUCUUAUAAUUUAUCUUGGCAGAAAAAAGGUUUGGUAAGCAAGAAGUGCUGUUUGUUGACAUCAUGCAGCACCCUUCACUCUACCUGAGGAACAGGUACCUGGCCACAGGAAAGACUUCAGCUUCAAAUCAUAAUCCAACUACUCCCACAGUUAACUAUGAAGAAAACUUCAUGGUUAACUGUGUAUUAUGCAGCAUUUUAGAGGCAAACAGUUUAUUUAUAUGUACAGCAGUAUGACUCUUUCUUUAUCUCAUACCAACUGUUGCACCUGUGUUUCAGUUUGGAUCUCAUAUCCAGUAGAUGUUCUUGUACACUGUGUCAUCUUUAUAAAGUCUCACAAUCCAGCUUGUCACUUCAGCGUUUUCAGCAUACCAAAUCUAAGUGAUCUGCAAUUUUAUACAAGCUGGAACAGCUGAGGUAGGUUUUGUUGCACACAGGUGAAACAGCUGUGGUCAAAGGUUUUGGUUUAAGUGUCACUAAUGCCAAAAAAUGUAUUUAUUUGCCAUUAAAAGUCUUGAAUGAAUAAAUGAAUGAAUUGCU